AUGAUAGCUAAAGUUCAGUCCCAUAUAUUACCACUGAAUAAACCAAACGAAUGUAGUCCGAUCGCUAAUAUCAAGCUAUACAUUUCAAAACGGCCUCCUAAUGCUGAUGAAGAAUUUUUUCUUCAUCCUCUUAUUAAUUAUUCAG